AUGAGCAUUAUGAAUGAAAUAUUGACCAAAUUGGAAGAAAAUUACAAUAUCGUUGUAACGAAAAUGAUGAGUAUUGUGUUUUCACUAGAGCAGAAGCUAAAUAUGUAUAUUGAAGAAUUGUCAAAUGAAGAUUAUUCCAGCUUUCCUUCCGUUAAAGCACCACUGUUUGAUGAAAAUCCAGAUGAAAGUCAAAGAGAUUUUUGA